AUGUCCUGGAGCCCGUUGCAGCUCACUGCAUUGGCUAUCAGUGGGUUUAUCGCUUUGCAAUCUUCGUAUGUUCAUCCGGAUGAACAUUUUCAGAGUCUUGAAGUGCUUGCUGUACGGUAUCUAGGAGUUAAUGGGUCUCUUCCUUGGGAAUUCGAGCCAUUGAAUGCGGCUAGAAGCUUUGUACCUCUAUUGCUUAAUUACGGUCCACUGUAUUUUAUCAUUCUGACCAUUUUCAAAGUCAGGGAUUCCAUGACUAUUUUGGGCUUGGUUCGGCUUCAAAACUUCCUGAUAUACAUUGCACUUUGUCAAUUAGUUUUCAAGAGAUUAAGUGAAACUAGGGGAAUUGAUUCUAAGAGGACCAAUUUUUUCAUUGCGACUUCGUACCUUACUUGUAGUUUCCAAAGCCACUCAUUUUCAAAUUCAUUGGAGACAAUUCUUUUACUUUUAGUGCUGGCACUUUACAAUGAAUUAAUCCUCGAUGAAAAAAAGCGGAAGGUACCUGCCUGCCAGGCUUCGAUGAUUCUUGGGUUUUUGAUUAUGUUAGGUGUUUUUAAUCGAAUCACUUUCCCGGCUUUCAUUCUUCUUCCCUCAUUGGCGGUUUUUUGGUAUUAUUACAGAUCCCAUAAAUUUCACCUUGUACUUUUGACAUUCGUAUCGCUAAUAUGUUGCUUGAUAUUUGUUGAGAUCGAUACUGUGCUGUACCAAAGCAGUAAAUGGGUUAUCGCCCCAUUGAAUAAUUUACUUUACAAUUUUGAUGAAUCUAACCUCCAGUUGCAUGGUCUGCAUCCAAGAUACAAUCAUAUGCUGUUGAACUUGCCACAAAUUAUGGGCCCUGCAUUUUUGUUCUUGAAUCCGAGGUCGAUGAAUAGUUUUACGAGAAAUCUUCCAUUGUUGUCAGUCUUAUCUGGUUUACUUCUGCUUUCCGCAUUCAAACAUCAGGAAUUGCGAUUCUUAAUACCACUAGCGCCUCAAAUGUUUUCCUGUUUUGAUGAUCAAACAUUUUUUCAGAGUACUCGUUCUGUUCACGUUAAAAGGUUAUGGUUGAUAUUUAACCUCUUCCUAGCAAUCGUCAUGGGCAUCUAUCAUCAGGGUGGGAUUUUGAGGGUCAUAAGCUACUUCCAAAGAGAUGACUCGCCUCUUGGGGUUCACAUAUGGUGGAAAACUUACUCUCCACCAACUUGGAUGUAUAUGAAUAAAGAGUUGACCACAUCCACCACGUUGAUAGAGAACGAUAUCGAGUCGAUUGACCUUUUACCGUUUGAAACCACUAAAAAUCACAUUGUGGACCUGAAGGGCUGCGAUAUCGAACUGCUCAAUACCACAUUACAUCAAUUUCUGCGAAAUGGAGCCAACGUCAACCUAAUUGCACCAAAUUCUGUGAAAAGCCGUUUAGAAAAGCUCUCACAGUUUAUGCUUGUUCCAGCCAGAGAAGAAAAAGCUCACCUCGAUCUUGAUCACCUGGAUUUUGGUGACUUUUCCACAUUUGCACCAGGGAUCACUGUAUAUAACGUGUCACUUCUGUAG